AAUGAAACUCAACAAAAGCUCAUAUACUCUGGAAAACUUUUACAGGAUCAUCUAACACUGAAGGAAGUUCUUCGUCAGUUUGAUGAUGGCAGUACUAAACAUACAGUGCAUUUAGUGUGUUCAGCAUCGCCAGGGCAUGAAUACAGAUCUACACCAUUUCCUAACACAAAUUCUGUCAGAAACACCAUUGAGGAAGUUGAGAGAGAAUUACUUCAAUUUAAAUCAUUCUGUGUACAAUUAUGUUAUGUUAUAUUUUAUAGUCCCCAGAUGCCAGCAAUGAAUCAGUUCCCUGGUAACAUGAAUCAGAUGGGAGCCGCAUUUCCUGCUGGAUUUCCAGGAGAGGCGGCCAUGUUUGCUGGCAUGAUGCCAGAUAGUGGCAUGGCUUACAGUCCCGAGCAGUACUUAUGGAUGCAACAGAUGUAUGCCCAGUACAUGGCCCAGUACAUGCAAUACUAUCAACAGGGUGUAUAUCCUGUUCCACCAAAUACUCCAGUGACUCCACCUGUUGGCCAGGCUGCGCCCCAGCAACAAAAUGGGCAAGAAAAUGUGAACCAGGCCCAAGAGAAUGUUGAAGAAAUGGAGGAUUUAGAUGAAGAAUUCCGCCAGCGAGACUGGUUGGACUAUCUAUAUACAUUCAGUAGAUUUAUGGUGCUACUUGGAAUUGUGUAUUUUUACUCAAAUAUUACCAGAUUCUUGAUGGUUGCUGCAUUUUUCCUGGUUGUGUAUGCAUACCAAAUGGGAUUCUUUUUCUUGAGAAGGAGACGAGUGAAUCAACCGAAUGCACAGAAUGUAAAUAAUCAGCCCAAUAAUCCUCCAAAUGAACCACAAGUACCAAAUAAUCAACCCAACAAUCCACCUAAUGAACCCCAAGUACCAAAUAAUCAGCAACAAGAAGAAAAUAAUACAGAACAGGAGAAUAAUGUCAAUACCGAAGAGGGAAAUCCAACUGAAACCCCGGCACAGACUGUGACCCCACCUGAACCGGGCGUGUUACAAGUCUCAUGGACAUUUGUCUCAACAUUUUUCACGUCCUUGUUCCCUUCACCGCCACCUGCAGUCAAUGUGAAUUGAUAUCAUUCUGUCUUCGGCUGUCUCUAAAAGAUAUCGGAACGUACACAUGACAAGACCUCCAUGUUUUGUUAUUACAAACUGCUUAUCAUACGUGAAAAAUUCGACUCGUAAUUACGAGUAGAAUAUAAUGAUAAGGUAUCUCAUGUAUGAGAUACAAAACUUCAUCUGUUUUUUUAAUGGGAAGGUGCUUAUUUGUUUAGUGAUUACAGAGUUUGGUUUGUUGACCAUGUUAAAAAGCCAGUAUUUUGGGGUUGAAUAAAGCACUUUGAGCCAUACGUUUGAUGUUGGUUGUAGGUUGUGCUACAUUUACAAUGUUCAUCAUCAUCAGAUCAAAGAAUUCACUCACAUGGAAAUGGAGAAGUUUUACGCAUAAGAGUGUUCAUGCUCUGAGUUUUCAGCCAUCAUUUGUGGAAUCACAAAUUAUAUACAGAUGAAAAGAUAAAUAUAAUUUGUAUAUUUCUGAAGGAACUAUUACAUUAAUUGAAUUAUCCUUACUGAUAUUUGAGACAAAUAAGAUUAUAUUUGUCUCAAGUCUUUUUCUUUUCUAAUCUAUGGUAAGGGGUUUUCUACAAAUAUUUGAUCACUUUGCGCUAUAUGUGUGCGAGAUUUUGAGCGGAACUGUGAUAUUUGACUGUGAUGUAAGUAAUAAAAAACUUGUGUCAUGUUCAUUUGAUAAAACUGUAUCUGUUUUAAUUAGUAGUUCAUGUAAUUGGCAUAUCUUUAUACCUAAUAUAAAGUUUUCAAAACCAGCUAUUAUAAAUUUUUAAGGUUAUAACGCCUGCUUUUGUAUAUCUGUAGAUUGGAAACAGCCAGUUGUUGUUAAGGAAGUUUUUAUCUCCCAAACUUUGAUACUGUGCUCUUCGAUAUUGUUAUACUUAUAUUUUUAAUUAGAAACUUAACACAAAUUGAAUUAUUAAAUCAGAUUGACAACUGAAACAAAAAAUUGUUAAAAUAACUUACUUUACAAUUUUGAACUUUAUGUGCAAUGUGACAAAAAAAGGAUUUUUUUUGUUUGUUUGUUUUUUGUUUGUUUGAGUCUUGAUAUUAAGAAACACAUUUCACACUUGUUAUAUAAAAACACACAUCGAUGAAUCAUGGAGAAUAAUGCAUGGAAAAUCUGUUUAAUUUUGUGCUUGUACAAUUAUUUUUCAGUCAAUCAGAAUCAUGUUUGUUGGGAAUUAAAACUGUUUGUUAUAAAAUACUUGUUAAUCCAUUGAAUGGAUUUCAUUUUUGUUGGGUAUUUUAUAUGUAUAAAAUGGUCAUUGAUUGUGCUGUUUGUAUGAGCCUAUCAUAUUUUACUUUUAAAGGAAUUUCAUUGAGGUCCAUAAACCAAAAAAACAUUAGAUUCAAAUUUUUGACACAGAUUAGCUGGGGUACUUCAAACACAAGGAUGUGCAAAAGAUAGUAAAGAGAUAGAAUCGAAAAUUAUUUGAAAAUUGUAUUUUUGUGCUGUUCUUAGUCUGUUGCAACACUUUUUGGUCAUAUUUCAUAAUUAUUAGAAUAAAUUAUUCUGGUAAAAUGUUGUUAGACAAUAAUCUAAAAUUUUGCACAAACAUUAUAGGUCUGUACCUAUAUCAAAUAAAAUAUUUAUCUUUAAAAAUUAUUUCAAGUCCUGUCUUGUCAAAAAACCUCAGUGGAGUCCCUUUAA